UUCUCAGCUUAUAUUAAACGAAUCUCCACGGACUAUGGUUUGGAUACUGCGACUAUUGCCAAUCCUUUGCGCCAGCGUUUUAGCUUAUCAGAAAGAUGACAGUGCCAAUAGCAUUAUACUUAACGAUGGAGCUAUAACGGUAAACACCUCCACAUCGGGACUUACGGAAGCGGAGGGAAAUACCUAUGUACCAGGACCUGGAUUCUUUCAAGAGACUAUCCUUGGCAAAAAAGCGAUUGGUUUAGCUCCUCGAUUGCCAGAUCUUGGAAAUAAUAUCGUCGUUAUGAGCGAAAGUAAGCAAUUGAAGGCCGGUGAAAAAAAUAUUGUUAACUCCAAAGUGCAAACGGUUACAAGAAAGCCCAAAAAGUCAAACACAGAUUUAUUUCAUGGUAUAAAGUUAUUUCAAGGACCCAUUAAUCAGAAGUUUGAACACGAUCUUUAUGACCAUCAUCACGAUUAAAACAUCCUUUAAAUUUAUUUGUUAGAGGUGUUAAUUGAAAAUAAAUCCAAGACAAUAUAUUAAAAUA